AUGGGAAAAACGAACCACAAUUCCUCCUGCCAAGGAGACCGUUUCCUGUCCAACCACAAACUGGAGAAGAGCACCAAGUCGUCCCUGGAUGCCGACCUGAUCCAGAAACUCCUCGCCAAGAGUCAGGAAGCCAUAGGCUUUGCCUAUUGCCCCUACAGCAAGUUCCGGGUGGGGGCGGCACUGCUGGCCAAGAACGGGAAGAUCUACCUGGGCUGCAACGUGGAGAACGCCUGCUACACCCUGGGGAUCUGCGCCGACGCAACGCCAUCACACAGAGCCGUGGCCGAAGGCUGCAAGCAAUUCAUCGCCAUCGCCAUCACCAGUGACGUGGAGGAGGAGUUCAUCAGUCCCUGCGGAGCCUGCCGACAAGUCAUGAGAGAGGUAGGUACACCCACCUACCUUCCCCAUCUACAUGAAAAUGAAUCCAGAAUACACAAAAAUUAUAAACAGAAAUGGACAUGA